ACAUCGCGGGAGACGUCCUGAAAUAACAUGAAUUUGCAGCAGGGCGGUGCGCCCGCGCCGCGGCGCUACAAUCGCACACACUAGGUAUCCGACGCCAUUUUCAUACCGACCACGAGCUUUCCCGCAGCCAGAUCAUCAACCAUCCCCCGCAACGACAACGUUACGGGACACGAGUCGUGUCUCAAGCUGCGGUGCCCUUCGCACGUGCUUGGAAACAUUGCAACCAGAUACUAUUACAUAAAUUGUUUUAUUAAGUUAUUGGUGGAAGUGAUUUGUUGCGCCGAUGACGCUAAUUCAAAGAGAAGAAGACGGACGUGCUGAAAACAUGGACGGACCAGCGCGGGAGGAUCGCGGAAAGUCCUUGAGACCAGUGAGGAACAGGCGAUAUACACGACGAUGUCUCGUGUCGGGCCAGCGUCCCCAAAAAAGGCUUUUUACACCAGAAAUCAAACGAUAUCUAAAAGACUGGCUCGUAAGACGCCGAGAUAACCCAUACCCCAACCGAGAAGAAAAAAAGCUCCUUUCCAGAGAAACAGGACUCACAUAUAUUCAAAUAUGCAAUUGGUUCGCAAACUGGCGAAGGAAGUUAAAAAAUGUAAAUGCUGAUCGCAAUCAAUUGACUUGGGGCCAUCUCAUUCGCACUUACAAUGAUCGAGCACAAGGCAAUGUUGAACAAUUUAGUAUCUGUUCAGAUGAUAGCAUUUGGAGUGAACCGGGAGACAAUAGUCCACGUGAUACAGAUCGAUUUGAAAGCAGUCCUGAUGCAAAAUCAGAAUAUAAAAACGAUGAAACUGACGGUUCAAUAGUCUCUCUAGAUCAAAACGAGAGUUUUAACAACAACUGUAAUGAAGUCGACCACACCAUUUCUAAUUGUGAUGAUCCCAAAACGACAACUAGCCCGGUCCUUUUAAGCAAGUGGUUGGAAAGUGCUGCGCGAUUUCAACCAAGUGAGGCCAAUUAUUCGUGGUGGGCGGAAGGAAGACGAAAAAAGCCGGAAUUUAAAGUGCAACGAGGACCAAUGAACACCCUGCGGCAUGACAGAGACGAAGUAGAAGCAGCAGUUGCCCUUACCACAUUAGCUGCUAGCCGCAUUACUGCCUUAUAAAAUAUUAUGCAUUUUAACUUCUUGCAUAGAUAAUAAUUGAUAGUAUGUAUAUUGUAAUUAAUGAGUUCUUCCUUAAAUUAUAAGUUUGAUUUUAAUUAAAAUUAAAUUUAACAAUUGCUCAAUAGAAAAUUAAUAUUAAUCAUUUGAUGUCUUACUUGUAUUUCUUAAGUUAAUGUAGUAAUUCCUUGUAGCCUGCAGAUUUAAAAUAAAGCAAGUGAUCAAGUAGAUAAAUUAUAAUCGUAGACAAUGACCUACGUACUAAUAUAUUUUGUGGUAAGUUCUGCCUACAAGGAACGCUAAUAUUUUGAUCUCUUUUAGACUGGCUAUAGCUUAACCAAAGAUUGUUUAUUACAAUAAAAAUGUACACAAUUGUAAA